AUGAAUGAAGGCCAAUCGCCAUUGUUGGGUAGGCUAGCCAACAAUCUGGUAACAAAGGGUGAAGACCUGAAUAACGCUAUUGAACCUAGAAUGCCAUUGCUGUUUGAGGCUUUGAGAUAUGUGAGCCCAAAUGAAGUGAGAGUGGUGAUUUUAGGCCAGGAUCCAACUCCACAAGAAGGCAAGGCUACUGGCGUGGCAUUCCACGUGUUCAAUCCUCGUUCUGUACCAGCGGUAUUAAACAUGUUUUUAGAGGUGGCCUUUGAAGGGUUUCCUGUGGACUUAGACAAAGGUGAUGUUACUUAUUGGGCAAACCAAGGCGUCCUUCUGCUUAACACGGCGUUUACAUGUCCACAUAAGCCUCCGAAAGAGGAAAAGCAGAACAAGAUUAAGUAUGAAGGACACUUUGAAAUAUGGGAGGCUUUUACCGCAUCCCUAAUUAGUUUUAUUGGGGGUCACCAAGCGAAUCCAUCUGUUUGGCUGUUGUGGGGGAAAAGGGCAAAAGGCUUCUCGCAAUUCAUAGAUAACAAGCACCAUAAAAUUGAAGGAGGGCACCCGUCACCUAUGGGCACCUCCAUUCAUGGAGAUACGUUUUUCGGUGGCAACUACUUUAAUCGGGCCAAUCAGUUUUUAAGGACCAACGGUAUUUUGCCUAUAGACUGGUCAUUAUCAUCUAGCGGGUUGAAUAGUUUGACGCUAUACCCUUCAAAUUGGCAGGAGUGGCAAAAAAUGCUUCUAAAGAAAAAGGAGGAAAUACAAUUGGUAAUAAAUUCGGGAAAAGCAUCUGUGAAUGAAAAAAACGAGCUAGAAAACGAGCUGCAUAAAAUCAACAUACAAUGGAGUCUGUUGCCAUUAGAACAAUUAAAACAGCACUACAUAAACAUGGUAGAAAAAAUAAGACAAAUUCAGUCAAACUAG